AUGCCCAACUUCAGUCCCACUAGCAAGCGUCGCUGGAACCGAGCUGACGCUGCUGAUCUCAGCCUUGGCACGAGUAUAAGAACGAAACUACGUGACCGGCCCUCCUGGCAGACGUUGCCGUUUGCAUCCAUGUCGGCCCUUAUGUGCCGCGAGCUCGUGAUGCUCUUCGACGGCGUCAAACCUGUUUCGCCGGACCGGAUCGAACGGCAGAAACCACCUCAAACCGCCAACGACCCGCGUAAACCGGUAGCAGGCUCCGGGGCCUUCAUGGUCGACCUACUGACCAAAAUCCCGGAGUCUCCGGGCGCGCCCUGCAGCAUGAGACUGUGGUCGAGGGUCCUGCUCCCGUAUCAUCCAUCUUCGGAGUCUGCUCCGCCAACGGCAGCCCGGUACGACACCGCGGCGAAGCGCCGAACAGCCAACUUGGCACGCAUCAAGACGAUAUGA